GUCUCCCCCCAGGACUCUCGGGGGGCUCCUGGGCCGCCUGGAUGCCGCCGGCGGUGUCGGGGCUGUCAGGGUCGUGCGUGUCGGUGCCGUGUCGGUUCGGGUACCCCGAGGAGCUCCGGCCCAGCUCCGUGCAGGGGCUCUGGUACUUCGGCAGCCCCUACCCCAAGAACUACCCCCCAGUGGUCGCCCGGUCCCGCCCCGGCGCCGUCCACGAGAGCUUCGCGGGGCGGGCGCGGCUCGAGGGGGACCCGGGAGUGCGGGACUGCUCCCUGCUCCUGGGGCCCCUGAGCCCCGAGCUGGCCGGCAGGUACUACUUCAGGGGGGACCUGGGGGGCUACAACCAGUACAGCUUCUCCGAGCACACCACCCUCGAGGUGCUCGAGGAGCCGGUGCUGGAGGUGCCCCCCGAGGUGGUGGCGGGGGUCCCGGCCGAGCUGCGGUGCCGGGUGCCCGACUCGUGCCCGCGGCAGCGCCCGCGAGUGUCCUGGGAAGGGGCCGAGGACCUUCCGGAACGUUCCGAGCGGGAGUCGCGCGAGGACUCGAACGGCGCCGGCUCCGUCGUGGCCCUGCUGCGCUUCCGGCCCCGCCGGGAGCUCGGGGGGCACCGGGUGGGCUGCCAGGUGACCCUGCCCAACUCCAGCCUGGCCUUCGCCGCCAGCGUGGCCCUCGAUGUGCAGUACGAGCCUCAGGUGCUGGAGGUGUCGGGGCCCCCCGAGGCGCUGGAGGGGGCCGAGGUGGAGUUGGGGUGCUCGGCCGAGGGCCGCCCCCCCCCUCUGCUCUCGUGGUUCCGGGGGCCGCAGGUGCUGCAGGAGGAGCCGGGGGUCCCGUCCCUGCGGCUGCACCUGCCCCAGGUGAGCCCCAGCGACAGCGGCACCUACACCUGCGUGGCCGAGAACCGGCACGGCCGCCACAAUCGGAGCCUCGAGCUGCACGUGGCCUACGCCCCCCGCCCGCCGGUGCUGAACGGCUCGCUGUGGGUGGUGGCGGGUGACCCCGUGGCUGUCACCUGCGGGGCCCUGAGCCACCCCGCGCCCAUCCUGACGGUGGCCCGCGGGCGCCGCGUGGUAGCCACGGCCGUGUACGAGCCCCAGGUGACCCUGGAGGUGGCGGCGGCCACGCCUGAAGACGCCGGGGAGUACCUGUGCAGGGCCGAGAACCAGCACGGGGGGAGCAGCCUGGCCUUCAACAUCACCGUGGAGUACCCUCCCAUUCUGCUCCCUGAGUCCCGCUGCACCCCAGUCGGGGAGGGGGCCCGAUGUGUCUGCGCCGCCUCGGCCGUGCCCGAGCCCGUGGUGGCCUUCGAGCUGCCCUCCCACAACCUCACCGUGGCCGAGGGGCACCGGGACUACGCCCUGGCCACUCCCGGGGGGGUUCCCAGCCCCGGGACGGGCCCCGGGACGGUGACGGGGGUGCUGACCCUGCGCGGGACCCUCGAGCCCCGGCUGGCCGUGCUCUGCCUCGCCCGCAACGCCCACGGCACCGCCCGGCAGCAGCUGCGCUUCCACCACCCCGGUGAGGGAUGGGGGGCACCUUCUGGGGCACGGGGGGCAGCUUUGGGGGGCAGCUGGGCCCAGGCUGUGAUCCAGAACCCCUUCAGCAACGGGGGCAGCCCCGGCAGCGAGGGGGGGGCCGAGGCCCGCUUCACCUGGGGGGGUGAGGGGGCCGUGGCUGUGCAGGCCGACCCCGCCCUGGCCCAGGCUGGAGGUCAGUUCUAUGUGAUGAUGACCCCCCAGGACGUGCUGCAGGCAGGGGGGGCCCAGCGCAGCCUCGCCCCGCAUGGGCACCCCUACUCCCCGAAGCUCGAGGGGCCACGGGUGCCGCGGGACGAGCGACGGCGGGCGCAGCACAACGAGGUCGAGCGCCGGCGCCGGGACAAGAUCAACAACUGGAUCGUCCAACUCUCCAAAAUCAUCCCCGACUGCGGCACCGACAGCGGCAAAUCGGGGGCGGUGAGGGGGGACUGGGGGGGAACUGGGUGGUCCCG